AUCUCAUAAACAAAAGAAUCUCUUACCCCUUCUCUUUCCUACUCAUAAUUUCUAUGUCUUGCCAAAUAACAUUCACAUGUCUUUGUUUCUAGUGAGAAAAAAAUAAAUAAAAACAAGAUAAAAUUAUUUCAAACUUUUUUUCUCCUUGAAGUUGAUUCUCCACUAACAACUACUACUACUCUUUUAUCCACACACCAAACCCAUCUUCCAUUGCUCUGAAAUCAUUCAAAAAUUUGAAAAAUGAAUCCUCUUACUAUGUUGCUUAUUUUACCUUUUUUUACACAGUUUUUGGAAGUUGAACCUGCAAGACCAAAAGUGUUAGGGAAAACAAGGUUUCCUAUCUCUCAAAUCAGUGUUAUGGGUUUUGUUUAUUGUGAUUUCUGCUCAAAUAACAGCUUUUCUAGACAUAGCUACUUCUUGCCAGGUGCUGAGGUGAAAGUAGAUUGCAUGUUCAAAGCACUUUCAGCUAAAACUUCAGAACAAAUUACACUUUCAGUGAACAGAACAACAAACAAGUAUGGAAUGUAUAAGCUUGAAAUACCAUCAAUUGAUGGAAUUAGAUGUGCUGAAGAUUCUGAAGUUGUUUCUACAUGUCAAGCAAAUUUAAUUGGAAGUUCAACUUCAUCUUGCAAUGUUCCUGGCUACAAAAGCACUUCUAAUGUUGUAGCAGUCAAAGCAAGAAGAACUAAUCUAUGCAUAUAUAGUCUUAAUGCUUUAAAUUUUAGACCAACUAAGAAGGAUAUUACUUUAUGUGGUAAAUAAUUAAAAGUAGUAAGAUUACAUAAUUAGCCUUGUUCUUGGCUACUUGUUAUCUUUUUUUUAGCCUGUUGAGGGCAAAGAUGUCAUUUGCCUCUCUCAUUCUGUUCAUUGUUUUGUUGCAUUUUUUGUUUGGUAACAUUUGUCAUGCUAUGGUAAAAAAAAUAACAUGCAUGUAGAGUUUGAGUGCAAAAAAUUGUUUGAUUUAUGGAGUUUUUUAUAGGUAAAUGUUAGUUGUUAAUACAUUGUAUUAGUAGUCAAAGUUUGAAUUCUUAA